AUGGGUGACGGGGAAAGCCCGACCAAACGGGCCCGGACGGCCGAUCUCGCGGCGGCCGAUGACCGACAGGCCGACAGCUGCACCAUCUGCCUUGGGCCCUGGGGGUCCUCCGGGGGUCACCGCCUGGUGGCCACCUCCUGCGGGCACCUGUUCGGUGAGAGCUGCAUCAUACGCUGGCUGGCCGAGCAGUCGGUGUGCCCCUCCUGCAUGGCGCCGACACAUGCGAACACCCUCCGGCCAAUAUUCUCCGCGGCCAUUGUCACGCAGGACGUGGCACGCGUGGCCACGCUCGAGGGCACGGUCGCCGCUCUGGAGGCCGAGCUGCGACAUGUCAGCCACGACCGGCAGAACCUGCAUGCGGCACUGGCCCGGGCUCGGGCCCGGAUCGCCGACCUGGAAACCCGCCUACAGCGCGAAAUCAAUGCGCGCAUCAGCGCCGAGCGAUCGGUCCCCGGCUCGCCGGGGCUGCCGGCUGGCCAACUCGCCUCGGCUCCCUUCCUGUCGGUGGCAUGCUCCGAAUCCCGGGUAUUCGAUGUGGAUCCAAUCCACGGGUUCCUGGUGACGGCCACGCGAGCCCCAAAUGGCCAGGGGUUCUCGCUGCUGAAGACCUCGCUCAAUGCACCGGACCAGGUGGCAUACGUGCACCGGGCGCAUGCGUCGCACGUGCGCGACAUGCAGUUCAGCCCGCGCGGCGAUGCGGUUCUCCUGACGGCCUCCAUCGACAAGUCGGCCAAGCUCUUCUGCAUGUCCUCCGAUCGGACCAUCUGCCCAUUCAACCUCCCGGCCGGGAUUUCAUCAUGCGCCUGGCUGGCCGAUUCGCCCUUCGGCCUGGCUCUCGGGCUGCUCAAUGGCACGACGCAUUUGUUUGACACACGCUUCCCGAGCGUCGCGCGCGAGGUUCUCCCCCCGCCCCAUGGCCGGCCAAUCCCGGUCCAGGGUCUUGUCCCAGCGGCGCUGGGCAGCUGGCUGACCGGAGGCCACGCCGCGAAGGAGGCAUCCCCGGGGGCCGAGCACGAGGACCGCUCGCCAGAGGAGGCCGCCGCCGCAUCCCCGAAGCCAGGACUCUUCAUUUCCACGCUCAGCGGCUCGUUCUUGGCCGUGGACGGCCGGCCCGCGGUUCCAGUGGACAAGCUCCUGCCGGAGUCCCUGCGGCCGCCAGCGAACUUCCGCCAGCUGGUGUCGGUCUCCUUCGAUGAGACAUCGCAGCAGCUGUACCAACUGUUCCGCGCGUCGACCGGCGAGACCUGCGCCCUUGUCCGGGGUUGCUUCGCCGGGUGUGCAAACGCCAGCUGCUGCCGGCGCUUUGCCUGUGCAACGGUUUCCCCGCUGAUCCUCUGUCGAGUUCAUAACUUCUCCCUCGGCCGUGCACCGCACUUUGUCUCGAUCGAUCAAGCUCGAGAAAAGAUCCUUGUCAACCGUUUCUCCGAUGGCCGCGCGGUCUUGGAAAUGCACACCGGUGGCGAGGGCACGUUCGGCAAUCCCCCCACGACCGGGAGCGUCGACGCCAUUUCCUUUGUCCGACACUUCCAGCACCCAUCCUAUGGGGAUUUCGUCGGCUGGACAGACUCCAAGUCUCUGGAGAUUCGGAGAAUAAACACCCCCAACGCUUGA